AUGUUGAGACUUGGUGUGUUGCUGUGUGUUGUGGGACUCGUAGUGGGAGGUCCCUCACCGCUGAAGAGCAAAGAGGAUGUAGAGGAAUAUAGGAAAUUUCUUCAAAGCACCAAAAACGGCAAUGGCUACCUUGUCUCAUCAAGCGCGAUAAACCCUUUGGGCAAUGUAUGGGAGCAGAGUGGUAAAUUCGAGGGUGAUAUUGUCUUAGAUGACUGGCAAAUUGAUGCCUUGGUGACGGACUACGCAGCUGGUCGGGCUGCUUACAUCUGGCCUAACACCAAGUGGCCGAACAAUGUUGUGGUAUAUGACUUCGCGGGUGGCCAUUUUAAUCAGGCACAGAUCAACCAUAUUCUGAGUUCAAUUGGAUGGAUCGAGCACUUCACCUGCGUCAGAUUCCGAAGGAGAACCGCAUCCGACAGGAACUACGUGCUUCUUACGGGUCACAACAACGGUUGCUACGCCAGCGUUGGUUUCUGGCACGAUCGUGGCAUUCACACCAUGAACCUCACCCCAGCAAAUCCUGGACACGGGUGUUUCAACAUUGUUACCAUCAUCCAUGAAUGGUUGCACGUACUUGGCUUCUUCCACAUGCAGUCCACUUACAAUCGGUACAACUAUGUACGAAUCGCCUGGGAGAAUAUUCAGCGAGGUAUGGAGUACAACUUUGACAGAUACGAGUCGAAUCUUGUGAGCAACCUAGGGCUUCCUUAUGAGUACCAGAGCUGCAUGCACUACAGCACCCACGCAUUCUCCGUCACCGGCAGACCCACAAUCAUUGCGUUGAGGAGCUACGAAGGCAUAAUGGGUCAACAGAACUUCGUGACCCACUGGGACUGGGUGCGCCUAAGUCGUCACUACAACUGCCCCGGAGCGUGGAGUGAAGAACAUAUCGACUACCUCAAGGAAGAAGUCGAGAAAACCAAGCCCUUGAUGGAGCCCACUGCGGAAGAUCAAUCUGAAGACCAAGCUGAAGACAAGUAUAUGGACUAA